AUGAAGUUUAAGCAUCCGACGAUUAAUAUUGAACAGGCACAACAACAAAGUGCUUGUACAAUAACUGAGUGUUCUGUUAGUUCUCAACAGCCUGUUCCUAUUUCUGAAAAUGCUCCCAGUACUUCAAGUUCUUCGUGUACUAAUACUGAGUUUUUGCCCCCACCAACAAAGCAGAGAAAAAUUCAACAAAGUGUAUCAACCUACACUGUAAAAAAAAUUACUCUAAAAGAGAAACAAAGGCUCAAUUAUUAUUUAAUGCAGCUUUUCAUACUUGAUUUUCAACCAUUUUCGAUUGUAGAAGACGUUGGCUUUACUCAGUACUCACAUGCUUUAAAUCCCUCUUAUACGCUUCCAUCUCGAAAAUAUCUUUCCAAUACACUUUUACCAACAAUGUACGAACAGUGUAGAACAGAGGUGCAAGAAGUCAUAAAUAAAGAACUUGAAACAAUCUGCAUUACGACUGACAAUUGGACUUCGGCGAGAAAUGAUAGUUUCAUGGCUGUUACUGGGCAUUUUAUUAAUAGAAAUUUCGAUUUUGAAUCGAUUGUUUUGGAUUGCGAAGUAAUUUCGGGACCUUCCAAUAGUGAAAAUACAGCAUGUCAGUUGAAAAGUAUUACCGAUUCUUGGGGUAUUUCAGAUAAAAUCAAUUUAGCUGUUUCUGAUAACGCGGCUUACAUUAAGAAAGCUAUAUCACAGGAGCUGGGGUGGAAACAUUUCGGAUGUGUAGCACACACAAUAAAUUUGAUAGUGCAAGAAGCCACUGAAAAAUCUGUACCCAUCAAAUCUGUAAUUGAACGUGUAAAGCUCAUCGUCGCUUAUUUCAAGCGAAGCACUAAAGCCGCUCAAAAACUUGAUGAGUUUCAAAAGCAGAAUGGAGCAACACAGCCCAAACGACUACUUCAAGAAGUCCCGACGAGGUGGAAUUCCACAUAUUACAUGCUCGAAAGGAUAAUAGAAAUUCAAGAUGCCGUCAAGUCAUCCAUUGCCAUUUUGGGUGUUACAAGCUUGCCAAAUAUUACGCCGGAAGACUGGUUACUUUGCAACGAAACUUGUAAAGCCCUGAAAUGUUUUGAAGAAGCAUCAAAUUACCUGAGUGGUGAAAAGUAUUUGACGGCCAGUCAACUAUUAAUAAUAAUAAAAGGCAUAAAGAGAGUUCUCGGCGAUAUUUUAACCUCGGAUUCUUCAGGUUAUCACUAUCUGCCAAUAACUUAUGAUUUUGUUCGAGCUUUGUUAGAUUUGACCCAUAGUCGAUUCGAAAAUAUAGAAAAUAGUAACACGAUUGGGGUAGCAACUUUUUUAGAUCCCCGCUUUAAAUUACAGUUCUUUACAUCUGCAAAGCAAGCAACUUUAAGGGAGAGCAUGAUCAAACUUGUCGCCCAAGAAAUAAAUCGAGAAGGACCAUGCGAAAAUAUUGAAUUAGUGCAAAAAUAUAACAGAAAUCAAAGGCACGCCUUGUAA